GCAAACGCAUCAUUUGUGUUUUGACACCGUAGCAGGGACGUACUCGAGAGCUAGCAAACAGCUGCGGGUGAAAGGUGUUCAAAACAACGGUUAACCUUUAUUUUCGAAAUUGGUCCACGGUAACCAAGACCUUGGUUGCUUAAAGUUGCUGUUGUAAAUUUUCAUUUGGCCAGAUAAAGAAAAACGAAAUGGCAAAGUGGUUUAUUUUAAGCGUUUUGUUGGUGGCCAGUGGCUUGACCUAUGGCAAACCCACCUUCGGUAAAGAACAUGUCCACAUACGCAUCCACUUACCCGAGUCUGGCGGGGAUCAUGGUGGUGGCGGCGGUGGCCAUAUUGAACAUCAUGGUGGCGGUGGAUUUGGCGGCGGUGGCGGACAUGGUGAUGUAAUUGGACCCCUGACUGGAGGAUUAUUGGGCGGUGGUUACAUCAGUGAUGCUCAUGGUCAUGGCGGCGGUCACGGUGGCGGCCAUGGAGGCGGUGGUGAUGUCCAUACGGUAAUUGUGGCUGAUGCGGGCGGUCAUGGCGGCGGCGGUGGCGGCCAUGGAGGCGGCUUUGGCGGUGGUCACGGCGGCGGUUUUGGCGGUGGCUAUAGUGCCGGAGGCCAUGGCGGUGGUGAUGUCCACACUGUAAUUGUGGCUGAUGCUGGUGGCCAUGGAGGUGGCGGCGGCGGUCAUGGUGGCGGCUAUGGCGGCGGUCAUGGUGGUGGUUUCGGUGGUGGCCAUGGAGGCGGCCACGGUGGUCAUGAAACUGUUAUCAUUGCUGAUGGUGGUUCUGCUGGCGGUCAUGGUCAUGGCGGUGGCGGUUUCGGCGGCGGCCAUGGUGGCGGUUUCGGUGGCGGCCAUGGUGGAUCCUCAGGAGGACAUGAAACUGUUAUCAUUGCUGAUGGUGGAUCCGCUGGCGGUCAUGGUCAUGGCGGCGGUUUUGGCGGUGGUCAUGGCGGUGGUUAUGGCGGCGGUCAUGGUGGCGCCCAAGAAACCCUUGUUAUUGCUGAAAGUCACGGUGCUGCUGGCGGUCAUGGUCAUGGCGGUGGCGGUUAUGGCGGCGGUGGUUACGGCGGUGGUCACGGUGGAUCUUCUGGACAUGGACAUGAAACUGUUGUCAUUGCUGAGAGUGGUCAUGGUGGUUCAGCUGGCGGACAUGGUCAUGGUGGCGGUUAUGGCGGUGGUCAUGGCGGUGGUUAUGGCGGCGGUCAUGGUGGCGCCCAAGAAACCCUUGUUAUUGCUGAGAAUCACGGUUCAGCUGGAGGUCAUGGUCAUGGUGGCGGUUAUGGCGGCGGCAGCGCAGGCGGUCAUGGUGGCGCCCAAGUCAAUACCUAUGCUGUUAUUCAAGAAAGUGCUGGAGGACAUGGCAGCGGUGGUUAUGGCGGUCACAGCAGUGGCGGUUAUGGUGGUCACAGCAGCGGCGGUGGUUAUGGCGGUUCAUCCCAUGGCAGUUCUCAUGGCGUAGCUAGCAUUGCUGCCAUUGCAGCAGCAGCUGGUUCUGGCUCCGGUGGACAUGGCGGCUACAGCUCCGGUGGUUAUAGCUCUGGUGGUUACAGCUCUGGAGGUGGUGGUUAUGGCGGUUCUUCCCACGAUGAUGCCAAAAUAGCUGCUAUUGCUGCUGCUUCUUCCUCUUCCUCGUCCCAUGGCAGUUCCGGUGGUUAUGGAGGCGGUUAUGGCGGUGGCUAUGGAGGUGGCCACGGAGGUGGUCAUGAUGAUGCCAAGAUUGCUGCAAUUGCUGCUGCCACUGCUGGCGGUAGUUCCCAUGGUUCUGGUGCCGGUGGUUAUGGUGGUGGCGGUUAUGGCGGUGGUUCCUCUGGUCAUGAUGAUGCCAAGAUUGCUGCCAUUGCUGCUGCUACUGCUGGCGGUAGCUCCCACAGUGGUUCAGGCGGUUAUGGUGGUAGCGGCUUUGGAGGUGGUUAUGGCGGUGGCAGCGGCUCCGGCCAUGACGAUGCCAAAAUUGCAGCCAUCGCUGCUGCCUCUGCCGGCGGUAGUUCCCAUGGUUCCAGUUCAGCCUAUCCCUAUCCAUCAGGUCCCUCAGCCGGUGGCUGGCAAUCCGGAGGUGGUAGCUCAUCUGGCUGGUCUGCCUUGAGUGGUUAUUAAAUCCAUCAUCACCAUCAUCACUAAUUUAAGUCUAGUCCAUUUUCUACACACACAAACACAAACAAAACGCAUCGAACAAAACACAAUGCAUUUACGUUCAUGUUUCACUACAAAUGGCGCCCAAUUGUUAAAGGCGCCCAAAAAAACAUAUUGCAUUCAUUGCAAAACAAAAAACUUCAUUCUUAAUUUAUAUUUUAUUUUAUUUUUCAUCAUUUAUUUUAUUUUUAUUCUAUUGUAAAUAUUUAUGAAAAUAUAUAUUAUUUUUUACAAAAAAAAAAG